AUGCCCACAGACAGAAAAACCGAGAGAAGAUUAGCUGAACUGAUAGUGUCUAGAAAGGCACUAUAUGUGGUUCGUGAUUCAGUAGAAAAAUUUGUGGCACAUUACAAUGAAGAACGUGAUGCUUGCCAAAUAUUCGUUCGCCUGGAAUCGUUGGAUAAAAUGUAUCAAGAAUUUCACGAAAUUCAGGCUGAAAUUGAGAAAAUUGACGGUGUCGAUGUUUUAGAGACUCACCUUACCGAACGAUCGGAUCUAGAAACUCGCUAUUGUGAAGCAAAGGGUUUUUUGCUAUCGAGAAGAGCACCAGAACCAAACCAAACGGUGUUUAAUUCGUCCUUUCUGCCCGCGCCACACACUCCCCCACAUAAUUUCCAUUUGAGAUUGCCGAAAAUAGAUCUCCCGAAAUUCAAUGGAGAUUUUUCGAAGUGGCUAUCGUUUCGCGAUACUUUCAGCUCUAUGGUACACUCAAAUGCAGAUAUACCGAUAGUUGCUAAACUGCAGUACUUAUUACAAACCCUUCAAGGUGAAGCGAGAAAACCAUUUGAAAGCGUUGAUGUUGAAGCAGACAGCUACGCGUCAGUAUGGGACGCUUUAUUGAAACGUUAUGACAAUCGUCGGUUCCUGAAAAAGCAACUUUUUCGGACAAUUUACGAUCUCCCCCCAAUAAAAAGAGAAUCUGCUCAGGAAUUGCACGAACUUAUCGAUGAAUUCCAACGCCAUGUGAAGGCGUUAGCCAAGUUGGAAGAGCCAAUUCAGUACUGGGAUACUCCACUGGUUAAUAUGUUAUGUUACAAGCUCGACCCAGCAACGCUGCGCGCCUGGGAGGAACGAACCAGCCAAAAUGAAGACGUAAGUUACGAUGGCCUGAUUGAGUUUCUGUACCAACGAGUGCGUAUUCUGAAAUCCGUUUCAUCAGAUCUGCUACAACGGUCCCAACCCAAUUCAGUAAGGUUGUCCGGUACUCAACCACCCCCCAAAAAGAGUUUUCUGCACAGGACAGUUGCUAAUGCUGUCGCCUCCCAAAGUAAGCCGUCGCCGCCAUCGUGUCUUGCCUGUCCCCAGAGCCACUAUCUGUUUCAGUGUACAGCUUUCGAGAAAAUGUCAGUUGCGCAGCGUCGCGAGCUGAUUUCCCAGCGAAGGUUAUGCUGGAAUUGUUUUCGUACCGGUCAUCAAGCAAGGAAUUGUGAAUCCAAAUUCUCGUGUCGUGUAUGCCGUGACCGUCAUCAUACGUUACUGCAUGAUUCCUCUCCAUCCAACAAAAACUCGUCAACUCCAGCAGUUACAGUGUCCACAUCCGAGCAGCAGCAAAAUCCGCCUUUGUCGGCGCUUCCAGUAAAACCAGGACCAUCCAAUGUUCAAGUUAGUUUACCGGUUCAGUCCCAUCCCAGCACAGUUUUGUUGGAAACAGUCGCUCUCCACAUAGUCGAUGAUUAUGGAAACGUUUUUGAAGCUAGAGCGCUGUUAGAUUCCGCUUCGAUGUCGAACUUCAUUUCAAAGAAGUUAGCAACCCUGCUUCGCAAUCGUCAAACCAAAAUCAACGUUUGUGUUGCAGGAAUUGGUCAGUCAGUGAAAAGGUUGAAACGCACGGUCACCGCGAUCGUCAAAUCUAAAGCUUGUCCAUUUUCCACGAAGCUUGAGUUUUUGGUCAUCGAUACUCCUACGAACGAUUUACCCACUGUACCCGUGCAAAUAAGUUCCUGGAAUCUGCCAAAUGUUACGCUAGCCGAUCCGCAAUUUUACACGUCCAGUCCAAUAGAUAUUGUCAUAGGUGGUGAAACAUACUGGGAACUACACACAGGGAAAAAGAUUUCCAUGGGUCCAAACCAGCCUCAAAUCAUCGAAACUCUUUUUGGUUGGACUGUUUCAGGGGCAACACUACAAGAUUGCUCAUCCGCAAACACAAAAUGUUUUGUUUCCACUGCUGAUAGUAUGCUUGAAGAUGCAGUUCAACGUUUUUGGGAAAUGGAGACAAUCAUCGAACAAAAUAUUCAUUCUCUACCCGAGAGGGCAUGUGAGGAUCUUUAUGAUGCUACCACAGUCCGUGAUUCCUCUGGUAGAUACGUGGUUCGUCUUCCCAAGGUAGGAAAAUCGGAAAUUGCACUAGGGAAUUCUAGAAUUACUGCUGAACGACGAUUGCGCAGUCUUGAACGACGGUUAGAUCGCGACGCAAACGUAAAAUCCGCUUAUCAUAGAUUCAUGCACGAGUAUGAAACAUUGGGACAUAUGAAACGGCUUAGUGAUCCUGUUGAUGAUUCUAUCGAGCACUGCUACCUCCCACACCACCCUGUAUUUAAGUUUUCCAGUACGACGACAAAGACGAGGGUGGUAUUCGACGCGUCAUGCAAAACAGCGUCCGGAUACUCGCUGAAUGAUAGUUUGCUAGUAGGCCCCGUUGUACAACAAGAUUUACUCUCAUUGAUUAUGCGUUUUCGCACCCACGCAGUUGCGUUGGUGGCCGAUGUAGAAAAAAUGUACCGACAGGUACUGGUACAUUCUAACGAUCAGCCCCUACAAAGAAUAUUAUGGCGUUCAAACCCCAACGAACCUAUCGCAACAUAUGAACUACAGACCGUUACAUACGGUACAGCUUCUGCACCGUACCUUGCCACGAAGACACUUAAACAGUUAUCCAUUGACGAAAAACAGCAGUUUCCUAAUGCUGCUGAACCAGUAGCCGAAGAUUUUUAUGUCGACGAUUUUCUGUCUGGUGCCGCGGAUGCUCAAACUGCCCGUGUAAUUCAACAUGAAGUUUCCCAAAUGCUUAAGACUGCCGGUUUCCCUCUGAAGAAAUGGGCUUCGAACUCAGUGGAGGUGUUGGAAGGUAUCCCACCUGAUGACCGGGCUAUUCAACCAUUCUCGACAUUCAGGAUGAGCAAUCCAUCAGUACCCUUGGAUUGA